AUGUUUUUUUUAUUUUUUAUAAAUAUUGCAGUAUAAUGUUUACAAUUCCAAUCCUUGUAUAGAUUAUUAUAAUUUAGUGUACACAUUAUUCCACAUCCAGAUAAGGUUGCCAAAGGAGGAGAAGAUGCUUAUUAUGCAAAUGAGAAUCUAUUAGCAGUAGCAGAUGGAGUUGGAGGUUGGAAUAAUCAUGGAGUUGAUCCUUCAAAAUAUUCAAAAACAUUAUGUGAAAAGUAUUUAUUGAUUUAAUUAUAGUAUUAAAGAGUAUUCUCAUUUAGAUAAUCCUAAAUAAAUUAUGUAGAUUGCUUCCGAAUUAACUAAUCAUAUAUUAGGAAGCAGUACAUUAGUUAUUUUAAAGUUGAUUGAUAAUAUUUUGAAUGUAGCUAAUAUUGGAGACUGUGGAUAUACAAUAAUUAGAAAUCAAGAGAUAUUCCAUCAAUCUGAAGAAUAACAACAUUCCUUUAAUUUUCCAUUUUAAUUAGGUUAAUAAGGAGACAGUGCAUAAUUAGCCUAAGAAUUUCAACAUAUCCUAUAGAUUAAUGAUAUUAUUAUUGUAGGCUCUGAUGGACUCUAUGAUAACCUUGAUGAAAAUCAAAUAUUGAAUAUUAUCAAUCAAUAUGGAGUUAGCUAAAAAUCUGCUCAACUUUUAGCCAAGACUUCUUUCCAAUAUUCAUUAGACAAAAAAUACAACUCGCCUUUUGCAAAAAGAGCUUAAAGAUCUAAAAUUAAAUUCAUUGGAGGCAAAAGUGAUGAUAUCACUGUAAUUGUUGCAAGAGUUAUUAAUCAUAAUGAAUUGUGA